AUGGCGGCGCUGAUGGCACGCGCGAGCUGUGCCUGGCGACCUUCUCUGCUCGUGGCCCAGACUUGGGAAGUGGACGCUAGGCGCUGGGUCCGCGCGCUGCGGAGGAGCCCCGUGAGAGUGGUGCUGCCAUUCGGACAGGUGUUAGAUCGGAAGCCUGGUCCUGGGAAGCAGCCCCGCGGGGCGGCGUUGGGCGCCAAUCCCCAGAAACAGCAGAAGGAGCAGCCGGUUCAAGAGCGUUCACAUCCUAAACCCAUCACCUGGGAAGAGUCGGGGCUUCACUACGACAAAGCUUUUCCUGGGGACAAGAGGCUGAGCAGUGUGAUGACAAUAGUUAAGUCCAGGCCAUUUCGGGAAAAGAAAGGAAAGAUCCUGCUGGAGGGGCGCAGGUUGAUUGCCGAUGCUCUCAAAGCUGGUGCUGUGCCCGAUACUUUCUUCUUUAGCCGUCUGGAAUACAUAAAAGAGCUUCCCAUGGAUAAGCUGAAAGGUGUCAAUCUCAUUAAGGUGAAAUUUGAGGAUAUCAAGGACUGGUCUGACCUGGUAACUCCACAAGGAAUAAUAGGGAUUUUCACCAAACCUGACCACGUGAAGAUGACAUACCCAGAAAACCAGCUUCACCAUACACUGCCCUUGCUGUUGAUUUGUGACAAUCUCCGAGACCCUGGGAACCUGGGGACGAUUCUGCGGUCUGCUGCUGCGGCGGGUUGCAGCAAAGUAUUACUGACUAAAGGUUGUGUGGAUGCCUGGGAGCCCAAAGUGCUGCGGGCAGGUAUGGGGGCGCAUUUCCAGGUGCCGAUUAUCAACAAUCUGGAGUGGAAAGCAGUACGCAGUCACCUGCCAGAUGACACCCGGGUCUUCGUGGCUGACAACUGUGGCCAUUAUGUGCAGGCUCAGAUGUCUGAUAAAGCCAGUGACCACAGCUGGUUAUGUGACAAACGAUUCCUCAAAUUUCACAAGUAUGAGGAGGAUCUAGAAACUGGGGGCAAGACUGAAUGGCUUCCUAGCCCUGAUGUGCAGAGCUAUGAGCAGGACUGGACGGACACGCCGGCAGCUGUGGUGGUCGGCGGGGAGACCCACGGGGUGAGCGUGGAGUCCUUGGAGCUGGCUGAGAGCACCGGGGGUAAGAGGCUGCUCAUCCCUGUUGUGCCAGGCGUGGACAGCCUGAACUCGGCCAUGGCGGCCAGCAUCUUGCUUUUUGAAGGGAAAAGACAACUGCGGGUAAAGGAGGAACACCUGCGCAGGGGCAGGAGCUAUUGA